AUGCGUACAGGAGCCGACCCUGUCGAAGUCGCAUGCAUGGGAACUCUGACCGCAAACCUGCACCUUAUGAUGAACAGUUUUUACAAGCCGACCAAAGACCGCUACAAAAUUAUUUGCGAGGCUCGGGCGUUCCCCUCGGACCAGUAUGCUUUCGCUUCCCAGGCCCAAUCCCACGGUUUUGAACCCAAGUCGGCCAUCAUCGAGGUUUGGCCAAGGUCUGGCGAAUUCACGCUGCGUGAGUCGGAUAUUCUCGACACUAUUCGGCAGCACGGAAAAGAGACGGCAUUGGUACUUUUCAGUGGCGUCCAAUACUACACUGGUCAAUGGUUCCCGAUGAGGAAAAUAACGGAAGCGGGACACGAUAUGGCAAGUCCUCCGCCGAUUGACAGAACUUUUCCCGGCGCUCUUGUUGGGUGGGACUUGGCCCAUGCCAUUGGCAACGUUCCUCUUCGCCUCCAUGACUGGGGCGUAGAUUUUGCCGUUUGGUGCUCAUACAAGUACCUCAACGCGGGACCAGGUAGCAUAGGUGGCCUGUUUGUCCAUCAAAAGUGGCACGACAAACUCCCGCCUUCUCAAGCAGGAUGGUGGGGUCACGAUCCCCGUACUAGGUUUCAGAUGCCCUCUACGUUCUCCCCGAUCAAGGGAGCCCAGGGCUUCCAGCAGUCCAAUCCAGGAGUGCUUUCGACAGUCUCGCUUCUAGGAAGCUUAGAGGUUUUUCAGGCCGCGGGAGGGUUGGAUGCCCUAAGGAAACAAUCAGUGGCCCUGACAAAGACCUUGGAAGACGGUAUUCGCUCGUCCAAGCACUAUAUUCCGGUUGAACGAGCUCACGGGGCGACAAAGCCUUGCAUGACCAUCAUCACACCCGCAGAGAUAGAGUCUCGAGGUGCACAACUCUCUGUACUCUUCUUACCGAGUCGCUCCGGUACCAUGCAAAAGAUUCAGGAGCACCUCAAGGCAUACGGGGUCGUUGGAGACGAGCGGAACCCGGACGUGAUACGACUUGCCCCGGCACCUCUGUACGUCUCUGAAGAGGAUUGCGAGCGAGCUAUUCAAGUCCUCAAUGAUGCCUUUGAAUCGCUUGCGAUGGAAUAA